GUUCAAUGUAGGAUUCAAUCUGAUAUUGAUAGGUUAUAGUUUUAAUAAAUGUUUUGAAUUCUCUUGGAUAACAUGCAUUCUAAUGAUAACUCAACAGACAUGGAAAGCAGCUAAGAGCUGCCAGAUGAUGAACAGAUUGGGAUUGCAACUACUCUGGAGAGUUGGGGCAGUUCCAGUGACCCGACAGUUGAGCACCUCACCAUUGGUAUGGAACAGUCGUGAUCAGUCACAAAACUCUCAAAACAAUACCUACUUGAGGCUAGGGUUACUAGGUGGCUUGGGGCUUGUUGUUACAGCCAAGUGCAAGGAAGAAGCUAUUGAGGAAUCAAGUGAAAGUAUUGAGUCCGAAGAAAAUGAAGUAGAAGAGGUAGAACAAAAACAGCGAAAAAAGAAAAAGAAGAAAGGUUUUGGUGAGAGAAAAGUUAUGGAAUACGAGAAUAGAAUAAGAGAGUUCUCAACACCAGACAAAAUUUUCCGCUACUUCGCAACUGUCCGGGUCGAGUCUGAGACUGGUAAAAAGGAGAUUUUCAUGACACCGAAAGAUUUCAUGAGAUCUAUAACGCCUGGUGAGUUGCAGCCAUCUAACCUGGGGCUGGACUUGUAUAGAGACAUAUCUGCUUCCAAGGCUAACUCAUUAGAGAAUAUUGACGAUGAUGUUGACGGGGAACAGCCUGAGUUUCUCUCCAGGCUUGCCGCGCAUGGUCUCAUCAGCUUCCAGGACUAUAUAUUCCUCCUCACUCUCCUGUCUACCCCAAAACAUGACUGUGAGAUUGCAUUCAAAAUGUUUGAUUUGUACGGAGACGGGUGUGUCAGUUAUCAAGAGUUCCUAGAUACCCGCUCUGUGCUCGAAUCCAGGAGUUCUAUGGGGAAGCGACAUCGUGAUAAUAUCUACAGUGGGAACACUAUCAACAAAGACGGGCACAGUGCACUUACCAAAUACUUCUUUGGUAAAGAUUCCAGCAAAAAACUUACCCUCGACGACUUUGUUGUUUUUAUGGAUGGACUGAAAGAAGAUGUAUUCAGAAUGGAGUUUAACAAGUAUGACCCAGAGGAGGGAAAAAUAACUGAGCAAGAUUUUGCUCAUCUGCUCCUACUACAUGCAACACUCAGCAAUCAGGCAAAAGCCAAAUUUGUCAGGCGUGUUAAAAAGGCAUAUAGGGACGAUGAUGACAGUAAAGGCAUUACAUUUGAACAAUUUAUGACCUUCAACCACUUUCUAGACCAUCUGGAUGACGUUGAAAUUCUUGUGGCGGUAUACUUCGCAGCUGGAAUGAAGUUUAACAAAGCGUCCCUGAAACAGGUUGCCCACGUGGUAGCCGAUGUGGAACUGGAUCCUCACAUUGUUGACGUGGUAUUCACAAUAUUUGACGACAAUGGUGAUGAGUUGCUGAGUAAUAGGGAAUUUUUGAGUGUGCUCAAAGAAAGAGCUCACCGAGGUCUUGAGAAGCCCUCAGAUACUGGCUUUGUUCGUCUGAUUACUGCACUGGGAGCUUGUGUGACUAGUUAUGUCAAAGGAGAAGAACUCUGAAGAAAGCACAGUGAUUUGAGCAUGAAAACUGUUAUCAUAUCUGUAAUAAUACAGACGUUUUAUCUACCACUUCAUUAAAAUGUUAAGGGGGUUGUGUUUAGGGGGAAUGUUGUUAAAAUUAGAUGUAAAAUAACUAACUGUUAAGAUAUAGAAUAUUUUCUGACGUCCUUCAUGAAUUGUGUAGAUGAAAUUACUAUACAAUUACUUGCUAUUUGCAAUAUUAUGCAUAUUGACAUCGUUUACUGCCGUAACCUGAAUAUUUAUAUAAUUAAUGAAGGUAAAUUUGUUGCACGAUAAUACAUUAUUAAAUGAGUAAUGUGCCUAACAGCCCAGUUCCACGGCUCAGUUUUGCGACCAGAUUUGACACAAAACUCAGCGAAAAGAGUUUUGAACUUGGCAAAACUCCGCGAAGGCAGUUUUGUUUACAAUGUACGUUCCCAUGCGGUUGGUAUUUGCACGCAGAUUUGCGUGCGCACGUGGGCGCAUUAUAAUGAAAUUUCCCACGCGAGCGCCCAGGUUAAAACUGCUUUCACGGAGUUUUGGGUCAUAUCAAAAAUAUUUCUCCGUGCGGAGAAAUAUUUUUGAAUUUCAUUUCCGGUCGCAAAAAUGUGAGAAAAAAUGUGAGCAAAUCUGGUUGCAAAACUGAGUCGUGGAACUGCAGGGUAAUGCCUGUUACCAUCUCACUUCUGUGAGCCUGAUAUUUUCAGUUUAUUGAGUUGAUGCACCUGUUUUGUAUAUAAUAAUUAUAUAAUAAUAAUAUUAUGUAAGUUUAGAUUGAAAAUGUUAAUAGAUUUUGUUUUAAAUAUGUUUCAUGUGCACGAAGGGAAACACACGAUAUGAGGCUUGAAAAAUUAUAACAAAAGCAAAAGUUAUUCAAUCAAAAUUCGUAAAAUAUGAGAGAUUAUGAAAUGUAAAGUUUUUUAAACUUCAGCAACAGCAAACAAUUAUAGUACUGUUAUAACUAGGGGGCAUGUUGUUUAAUCUUUAACUUUCAGGAUAGAACGGUCGUCGGGUCGUUUAAAUAUAUUUUGAAAUCAUUUCUUUCUUUGAAAAAAAAAACACAACUUCUUGGGGAUCUUUCUUUUAAAUUAUUCAGUUUAAACACAUAAUCAUCUUACACUUAACCUUCUUUCGUUUCAAAUAUUUGGAAGUUGUGAACGUAAUCGAAAAGCAAUUUGUGUUUUAAAGAAAACUUCGUGUUAAUAUUUCUUUGUAAAGCUAGAUCU